CUGCACAAAUGUUUCAUUCCCUUGCUCUUCGGUUCGUCCAAGGAAACCCAUGUCUUAAACUUUGGCAUCGUUUGGCGCAAUUAGUUGCAAUCAAGCUUAAACUUAACGCACGCAACCAACUAACGCAGUUUAAGCACCUGCCGAGCCAAAAUUGAUAAAUACAAGAACUAACGCCAGCAGCUCAUCAAUAUUCAGUGCAGUUAUCGUUCUGACUUCGACCGUUCCUGCCAAGAUGUACAUCGAGUUGCUCAUCCUGGUCGUCACCCUGUUGGUGCUCGGCGUGGUUUUCCUCCGGCAAAAGUACACCUACUGGAAGCGUCAAAAUGUCCCCUUUAUUGAGCCAAAGUUCCCGUACGGAAACUUCCAGGAGGCCAACCAGAUCUCAACGGCGGACAUCUCGUCCAAGCAGUACCACUCGAUGAAGACAAGUGGUCGCUUUUUCGGGAUGUACUUCUUCUUCGAGCCGCUGGUGAUGCUGACCGAUCUGGACCUGAUCAAAACGAUGCUCGUGAAGGAUUUCAACUUCUUUCCGGAUCGCGGGAUUUACUACAAUGAAAAGGAUGACCCACUAAGUGCCCACAUGUUCGCCAUCGAGGGCAAGAAGUGGCGAUCGCUGCGAACCCGACUCACGCCGACGUUUUCGUCCGGGAAAAUGAAGAUGAUGUUUCCGAUUUUGAAGGCCGUUGGAGAUACUUACAGCGAUUACGUGGCGAAAAUGAUUGGAAGUGGUGCUGAAUUAGAGGUGAAGGAUGCGGUGGCACGUUUUACGACCGAUGUGAUUGGUAAUUGUGCGUUUGGAAUCGAUUGUAACUCGUUUGCGGAGCCGAACAAUGAGUUCCGAGAGUUUGGGGUAAAGAUUAUCAACGAGCCCAUAUCUGCUGGAAUCAUGCGGAUAUUCUGGAAGUUGUUCCCCGAGCUGGGUAAUUUGUUGGGCAUCAAAGCGUUGAACGUCAGUGCUACGACGUUCUUCCGCCGACUUGUGGCCGAUACAAUCGAUUACCGGCAAAAGAGCACGGUCGACCGGAAAGAUUUCAUGAGCAUGCUGGUUGAGUUGAAGAACAAGGGCGACCUUACGCUGGACGAAGCCGCGGCACAGUCGUUGGUGUUUUUCGUGGCGGGAUUUGAGACGUCCUCCUCGAACCAGGCGUACUGCCUGUACGAGUUGGCAUUGAAUCCGUACUGCCAGGAGAAGGCACGGGAAAGCGUCCUGAAGGCGAUCGAGAAGCACGGAGGACUGAACUACGAGGCAGUGAACGAUAUGCUGUACUUGGAUCAGUGUAUUAACGAAUCCCUCCGCCUGUACCCCUCGGUACCGGUUCUGGAGCGGAAGACCUUCCAAAGCUACAAAAUACCCGACUCUGACGUGACCAUACCGAAAGGUAUGAAGAUCCACAUCCCGGUGUUUGCGAUUCAACGUGACGAACAAUACUACCCCGAGCCGCUUAAGUUCAACCCGGAUCGGUUCCACCCGUCGGAAGUGGCCAAGCGCCACUCGAGCACGUUCCUGCCGUUUGGAGAUGGACAGCGAGCGUGUAUCGGACUGCGAUUUGGCAUGCUGCAGUCUCGAAUGGGACUGGCGGCUAUGCUGAGCAAGUUCCGGUUUAGUAUCUCCGAACGGACGGUGGUUCCGCUGGAAUACUCCGUUCAGGCACCGAUUUUGCAGCCGAAGAGUGAUUUGGUGCUGAAGGUGGAACCGUUGUAAGGGAUAUUCGAACAGUUUUCGUAGACAAUUUUACAAAUCCA